UCUGUUCUCUUUUGGAAUUGCUAUCUACGGGCAGGAAUAGGCCUAAGAGUAGCUUGAAUUUACUUAGAUAAAAUGAAGAAAAACCCAGCUGUUUCAUCAUCGAGAAGAAAAUGCCGAAAGGCUCACUUCACUGCACCCUCAAACGUGAGGAGGAAGCUAAUGAGUGCCCCUCUCUCGAAAGAGCUGAGACAAAAGUACAGUGUCAGGUCUAUGCCCGUUAGAAAGGACGACGAAGUUGUUGUCACUAGAGGUCACUUUAAAAGCCAGCAAUCAGGUAAAGUCAUAAGCGUUUACAGAAAGAAAUGGGUACUUCAUAUCGAAAGAAUCCAGCGUGAAAAAGCCAAUGGUGCAACAGUUAAUGUUGGUAUUCCUGCCUGCAAAGUAGAAAUUGUCAAAUUAAAACUUGACAAGGACAGAAAAAAGAUCCUGGACAGGAAAGCCAAGGCCAAGUUGGCAGAUAAGGCUAAGGGAAAACACAGAGAAGAGGAAGUUGCUAUGAGCACUGAAUAAGGUUGGAUAUUGCAGGGACAGUUGUUGUUGAAUUGUAUAUGAUGAAUAAAACCUUCAUUAAAUAAAA